GGGUCGGGGGGCUUCUAAGGUCAGCAUACCCUCUGCCACUUGCUGCUGCCUCCUCCGCCCUUGUCAUCCUUACAUUGCUAUGUUGCAACUACCUUCUUGUGCUUACCUUUUAAUGCUGCCUCUUUGGGAAGAUGAGGACAAGGAAGCCCUCCUGCCCGCUGGAGACGGUCUGGGAGGAUAAGCAUAAAUAUGAUGAAGCAGAGCGGCUAUUCUACGAACGGGAAGCCACACAGGCCGCCGCAGCCCAGGCCCAGCAGCAACCAGAGGAGGUGGUGAAUGGCCUCAGCCAGGAUGAUUCAGGGGACAGCAGCGGGCGGGACACCAAGAAAGCCAACAACGGGAAGAAGCAGAAGAAGAGGAAGCGGUCACCCAAGAACCACUCAUCCCAGACCAACCUGGCCCUGGUGGGCCUGUCAGCCGACCCAGUUUGGUUUGAAAAGCCACUUUUUGACCAGGCAGAGACAUCCUACCGCAAGAAGCUUGCAGAUGCAGUAGCUCCACGUGGCCUAGUCCCCAUGGAGGCAGCCUCAGCCACCCAGGUGCACUCAGCACUCUGGCCAGAGAAGGCAGCUCCUCGGGCAGUGGCAUUCAAGCCAGGGAAGGCCCUGACGGCACCCUGCACCCAUGGGAGCCAUGUGGCCUGCCACCAUAUGGCUUGUGGCAUCUGGGUUAACAAGUUCUAUUUUGACCGAGCUGAGAUGGCAUUUGUGGAGUGGACGCAGGCGUCCACCCCACCACAUUCCCUGGACAUCUCAUCCCCACAGCUUCCACAGGACACAAGUGUGGCAAGUGGGAGGGGCACCCCAGAUGAAGGAUAUAUGACAGCUGUAACUACUCCUGCCACCCCAGGGCCACCCAUUAGAGGCUCAUCCUUCACUGCCUGCUGGCCCAGCCCACCAGCCAAUGGUAAACCCCAGCUUUUUAGUCUUCAAGCAAUGAUGCAGGAGGUAUGGUUGGAAAAGCCCCAGUAUGAUGAUGCUGAGAGAUGUUUCUAUGAAGCCAUGUUUGAUGGCCACCCACCAGGGAAGGUGAGGCUGCAGGAACGAAGCGGGCCACCUGAUGGAGCACGGCGGGGAAGAAAAGAUAGACGAAACAGAAAUAACAUAAGCAAACGUAUUGGUCCAAAGCGGGCAGACCCCAUGCCCUCCAAAGAAGUGGACCCUGCCUUGCCCUACUGGUACUUCUUGCACAAGGAUGGUGAACCCCCAUGGCUCAGCAAAUCAACUUAUGACAAUGCCGAAUCCCGUCACCAUGCAACUGAGGCCCUCCGAAUGUCAUGGCGAGCAGAAGCACCUCCAGUCUCGCCAGUCCCUGCCCAUCGGCCUGCUCCCCGUGCUGUCCCCUCAGCAUCUACACCAAGACCAAAGGCUCCUGUUUGUCUUCCUCACUCCCUACCAGAGCAACCAGUGGCAUCCGUCAGUGGGAAGGGAAGGAAAACACCUCUUAGCAGGAAGAUGGCAACCAGCUUUCUGGUGCAUGAGAAGAUCUGGUUUGACAAAUUCAAGUACGAUGAUGCAGAGAGAAAGUUCUAUGAGCAGAUGAAUGGUCCUAUGCCCGUCCCCUCCCGACAGGAGAACGGCGCCAGUGUGAUCCUCCGUGACAUUGCCAGAGCCAGGGAGAAUAUCCAGAAAUCGCUGGCCGGAAGCGCAAACAUCAGCUCUUCCAGUGGUCCCAGUGGGGACCAUAGUGAGCUGGUCACCAGGAUUUCCAAUCUAGAGGCAGAGAACCAGAGCCUUCGGAGUGUGAUUCAGGACCUACAGCUCACCAUCUCCAAGCUUGAAAUCCGGCUCUGCACCCUGGAGAAAUGCACCCCUUCCCACCGCUCUCUGGCUCCUCAGACUCAGCACGUAUCCCCUAUGCAGAAGGUGGAGCCACCCGCCACAUCACCUGCUAAGAAGGCAGCCACCCCAGCAGAGGACGAUGAGGAAGAUGACGAUAUUGACUUGUUUGGUAGCGAUGAUGAGGAAGAAGACAAGGAAGCAGCCCGGCUUCGCGAGGAACGGCUUCGGCAGUAUGCAGAGAAGAAGGCCAAGAAGCCAGGGUUGAUUGCGAAGUCUUCCAUCCUCCUAGAUGUCAAGCCUUGGGAUGACGAAACAGACAUGGCAAAGUUGGAGGAGUGUGUCCGCUCCAUCCAGCUGGAUGGGCUGGUCUGGGGAGGCUCCAAACUGGUGCCUGUGGGCUAUGGCAUUCGGAAGCUGCAGAUCCAGUGCGUGGUAGAAGAUGACAAGGUGGGCACGGACAUCCUGGAGGAGGAGAUCACCAAGUUCGAAGAUUAUGUGCAGAGCGUUGACAUUGCUGCUUUCAAUAAGAUCUAAAAGGCCCCUGAAUGUGUGUGAAUCUGUAACCAAAAUAAAGGCUGAGAUUUGAGGUG